AUGGCAGCAUCCACUACGUAUAGUAGUGCCCCGGAUGCCAAGCAUCUUUUGGAUAUGAUUGGGAAAGACGUGCAUGACCAAGUGAAAAAGGAAGCUAAAGAACGUAGUAAGGGUGAAUUGACAGGACAGUUGUCAUUUGCAUCAAUUUUGGGGGAAAGAGCAUACACCACAGAUCCGUGCCAACUUAUAAAAGAAAAACGUGAGAACCUUAUUGGUGAUCGCGGUGAAAGGCAUCCGUGCGGAAAUGGAAGUGGAAAAGGAGAAGAUGUAAACCGGUUUUCUAAAGAACGUGUCGAUGAAUAUGAUAACAAAAAAAUGAAAUGUAGUUAUGGUAGUAAUGGUAAAAGUGAAGGUGCAUGUGCUCCUUUCAGACGAUUACAUGUAUGUGAUAAAAAUAUCCAACAGAUAAAAACUGAAAAUAUAACAACACAUAAUUUAUUAUUAGAUGUGUGUCUUGCAGCAAAGUAUGAAGGAGAGUCCUUAAAAGGUUAUCAUGAGCAAUAUGAAGUACAAUAUCCUUCUUCUGGUUCUACAAUGUGUACUGAGUUGGCACGAAGUUUUGCAGAUAUAGGAGAUAUUGUCAGAGGAAGAGAUUUGUAUGGAGGUAGUAAAAAAGAAAAAGAAAAAAGAAAACAAUUAGAUGAUAAGUUGAAAAAAAUUUUCGAAAACAUUAAGAAAGAGAAUAAUGAAAAACUUAAAUCCCUUACAGAUGACCAAAUUAGGGAAUAUUGGUGGACUGCAAAUCGAGAAACAGUAUGGAAAGCUAUUACUUGUGACGAAGAGAACAAGCUAGGGGGUUAUUUAUAUUUUCGAGGAACAUGUGGUGAUAAUGAAAAAAGUGUAACUCAGGCUAGAGACAAAUGCCGCUGUAAGAAGAAAGACAACACCCCCGACGACCAGGUCCCCACAUAUUUCGAUUAUGUGCCACAGUAUCUUCGCUGGUUCGAGGAAUGGGGUGAAGACUUUUGCCGUAAAAAAAAAAAAAAAGUAGAAAAUGCUAAAAAAAAAUGUCGUGGAGAAAAUAAUGACAAAUAUUGUAGCCGUAAUGGCUGCGAUUGCGAAAAAACAGUUAGAGCAAAAGGUAAGUUACGUUAUGGUAAUAGAUGCACUGACUGUUUGUAUGCAUGUUAUCCUUACGUUCAUUGGAUAGAUAAGAAAAAAGAAGAAUUUGACAAACAAGUAAAAAAAUAUGAUGAAGAAAUAAAAAAAUAUACAAAGGUAGCAUCAGGUAGUAGUAGGAAAACGCGAGCUGCAACUAUCAAGUAUGAAGGAUAUGAAAAAAAAUUUUAUGAAAAACUGAAAGAAAGUGACUAUGGAAAAGUUGAUAAAUUUUUGGAAAAAUUAAGUAAAGAUAAAGAAUGUGAAAAAGUUGACGACGAAGAAGGAGGAAAAAUUAAUUUUGCUGAAAAACAUGAUAAUAAUAAUAAUGAUGAAAAAGAAGGAACAUUUUAUCGUUCAAAAUAUUGCCAACCAUGUCCUUAUUGUGGAAUGAAAAAGAAAGUUCCUGGUAAGGAAUGGGAAAAGAAAAAUGAUAAUUGCACGAGUGGAAAACUUUAUGAGCCUAAAGGUGACGCAGAAGGUACUCCUAUUAAAAUCCUUAAAAGUGGUGAAAAUCAUGAUGAUAUAAAACAAAAAAUUGACGACUUUUGCAAAACAGAAGAUGAUGAAUCUUUAUAUGCAGCAUGGAAAUGUUAUAAACAUGACGAGGUACAGAAAGUGAAGCGUGAGGGUGAGGAAGAGGAUGAUGACGAGGAGGAUUAUAAAAAUGUAAAAGCUGCAGGCGGAUUAUGUAUAUUGGAAAACCAAAAAAAAAAAGAAGAAGGAAAAGAAAAAAAGUCUGAAAAGGAACCUGAGCAAUUCCAAAAGACAUUCAAUGAUUUUUUUACAUAUUGGGUUGCACAUAUGUUGAAGGAUUCCAUAUAUUGGAGAACAAAGAAAAUUAAGAAAUGUUUAGAAAAUGGUAAGACAAUGAAAUGUAGAAAUGGAUGUAAUAAUGAUUGUGACUGUUUUGAAAGCUGGGUUAAACAAAAAAAAGAAAAGGAAUGGAAGCCAAUAAAAGACCAUUUUGGCAAGCAAGAAGAUAUUAAACAGGAAACAGGAAUGGAUCCUGGCGAUUUUCUUGAAUACUAUUUGAAAUUACAAUUUUUUGAAGAAGUUUCCGAAGAAAAAUCCCAAACUGGUGACGAGGAUGCAAAUGAAAAAAAACGCAUUAAGGAAAUGUUCGACAAGAAAAACCAACGGACAGAUAAGGUUGCUUCCAAUGAGGAAACAAUAAUUGAUUUCAUGCUCGAAGAGGAACUAAAAGACGCCACCAAAUGCAAACAAGACUGUGAACAACGAAAACCACCCGGCGCUGGAGGUGGUGACGUCCGCUCCGACACCGUCCCCUCACGCGACCCCCUCACACCUGGCCCCACUGACGGCCACGAGGACUCCGAAGACGAAGAAGAAGAAGAGGAGGAGGAAGAUGAAGAACACGGCCCCGACGACAAGGAGGGUACCGAGGAAAACGUCGAGGAGACGGAGACGGUGGAAGACCAGGUGGAAGAGGAAAAGGCAAAGGACAACACGGACGGGAAGGGGGAGGAGGAAGAGGACAACCAGGGGGAGACCACACAGAUAACAACACAAGACGGGGUGAAUCCAUGUGACAUAGUGGACAAACUAUUUAAAGACGACAAUACUCUUACAAAUGCCUGUCCAACCAAGUAUGAAAAGGGCCGAGAAAAAUUCCCCAAUUGGAAAUGUAUACCAAGUGGUGACAAAACAGACACUCGUGAACGUGCUGGCCGUUCCAGACGUGACACUAGUGGUGAGAAUACUACCACUGGUAGUAGUGGUGACACUAAUGGUAGUGUUUGUGUGCCAUCCAGGAGGCGAAAACUAUACAUACAAAAACUACACGAUUGGGCGGAAAAACAGGUGGGUACCACACAGGUAGAUGGUAAGGCAGCACAAGGUGACGCCGCGUCGAAAGACCCCAAAGUGGAACUACGAAAUGCUUUUAUCCAGUCUGCGGCAGUUGAAACUUUUUUCUUAUGGCAUAAGUAUAAAGCGGAAAAUACGAAGACACAAGGUGGUGUUGGAUCACUACCACUACAAACCAUCGACCGAAACAGUGCAAACGGCGACGACGAAGACAACCCCGAAAAACAGUUAAAAGAAGGAACAAUACCUCAUGGUUUCUUGCGACAGAUGUUUUAUACACUAGGGGAUUAUAGAGAUAUAUUAGUUGGGAAAUAUGUGGAUAAUGGUAAGGAUAUGGAGGAAGUAAAAAGUAAUAUAGAUAGCUUUUUUUCAAAUGGUGAAAAACCUGAUGACAAAAAGGGUGUCGAACAACGUAAAGAAUGGUGGAAAGAAAACGCAAAACACAUUUGGCAUGGAAUGAUAUGUGCCUUAACCUAUGACACAAACACAGCGAGUGGCGAUAAACACACAUUAAAACAGAAUAAGAGUUUGAAAGAGGCACUUUGGGACGAACAGAAAAAAAAACCCAAAAAAACCGACAAUGGCAGCGACUAUACAUAUGAAAGUGUGGUACUUAAAGAAGAUGAUGAAGGUGGUGGCCCCAGAGGCCAAACCUCCUCACCCUCUAGUGGUGAAAAAACCACCCUCAACAACCCCAAAUUGAGUGAUUUCGUGUUGCGACCCCCCUACUUCCGUUACCUUGAAGAAUGGGGUCAAAAUUUUUGUAAAGAGAGGAAAAAAAGAUUGGAGAAGAUAGAGGAGGAGUGUAUGGAAUAUGGAAGUCGUGGUAAACAAAAACAAAAAUAUAGUGGGGAUGGGGAAGAAUGUGAAAAGGUUCUCGUUGAGGAUGCAAAUAUUUUUUCAGAUUUAAGUUCGAGUUGUGCAACACCUUGUAGAAAAUAUAGGAAAUGGAUAGAAAGAAAAAAAUACGAAUUUACUGAACAAUAUAAUGCAUAUGGUGGACAAAAAAACAAUUACGUAAAUGAACAAAAAGACAAAUGCCAAACACAAAGUAAUAAUCAUGAUAAUGGAUUUUGUGGAACACUAGAAAAGGACGCUGCAGCAUUUUUAAAUAGGUUAAAAAACGGACCAUGUAAAAAUAAUAAUGAUAAUGGAGAAGAGCAUAAAAUAGAUUUUAAUGAUACAAAGAAAACAUUUAAACAUACAGAAUAUUGUGGUCCAUGUUCUGAAUUUAAAGUUAAAUGUAAAAAUGGUGCUUGCGGUGAUAGUAAUACGCAAAAGAAAUGCAAUGGAAUAACGCCUAUUGAUGGAAAUGAAAUUGCAAAAAUGAUAACUUCUACUGAAGAAGUUGUUAUGCGUGUCAGUGAUAAUAGUGGAAAUAGAUUUGAUGGUGAUUUAAAGGAGGCUUGUAACGGUAAAGGUAUUUUUAAAAGUAUUAAAGAAAAUAAAUGGGAAUGUCGUAAUGUAUGUGGUUAUGUUGUAUGUAAACCGAAAGAAGGAAAUAGGGAAACAGCCAGUGGGGAAAACAAAGAUCAAAUUAUAACAAUUAGAGCUUUGGUUACACAUUGGGUACAAAAUUUUUUAGACGAUUAUAAGAAAAUUAAACAUAAAAUUUCACAGUGUACGAAAACUGAUCAAGGAUCCACAUGUCAAAAUAAAUGUCAAAAUAAAUGUAAAUGUGUUGGAGAAUGGAUACCUAAGAAGAGGGAAGAAUGGGAAAAAAUAAGAAAGCGUUUCCUUGAACAAUAUAAAAUUGAAAACGAUGAAGAUUUUAACGUUAGAAGUUGUUUGGAGAACUUCUUAGUUCAAAUUGGUGCUGCAAACGCUAAAAAUAAGGUUAUAAAAUUAAGUAAGUUCGGUAAUUCUUGUGGAUGUAGUGCCGAUGCGAGCGCACAAAAAAACGAUGGUCAUAAGGAUGCUAUAGAUUGUUUGCUUCAAAAGCUUCAAAAUAAAAUUGACGACUGCAAUAAGAACCAGGCCCAAAAUAGUGUCGAAACCCAACCGAGUGAUGAAAACCCAGCACAGUGUCAAGAUACCCACCCUGAUGAUGACUUACUCCUUGAAGAAGAACAAAACCCAAAAAAUAUGCGACCGGGAUUUUGUCCGGAAGACGAUACAACAGAACAACAAGAGGAAGAACAAGACACUUGUACACCAGCAGGAACUGUUAAAGAAGAAGAAGAAGAAAAAGAAGAGAAAAAAGAUAAAGGAGAUGAAGAAGAAGAAUCACCUAGUGGUAAUUCUGCCCCAGAUCCACCAGAAUCACCUAGUGCGGGACCCAACCACAACCAACACCCCCCAGCGAUUCCAACCCCGGCAACACCAGCAGCAGAUCCCCCUCAAGCGGACGAACCAUUCAAUCGUGACAUUCUGGAAAAGACCAUUCCUUUUGGAGUGGCGUUGGCAUUAGGAUCCAUUGCUUUUUUAUUUUUGAAGAAAAAAACCAAAUCAUCUGUUGGAAAUUUAUUCCAAAUACUGCAAAUACCCAAAAGUGAUUAUGAUAUACCUACCCUUAAAUCCAAAAAUAGGUACAUACCAUAUAAAAGUGGUCCAUAUAAAGGCAAAACAUAUAUAUAUAUGGAAGGAGAUUCAGACGAAGAUAAAUAUGCAUUUAUGUCUGAUACUACUGAUAUAACCUCGUCAGAAAGUGAAUAUGAAGAAAUGGAUAUCAAUGAUAUAUAUGUACCAGGUAGUCCUAAAUAUAAAACAUUGAUAGAAGUGGUACUAGAACCUAGUGGUAACAACACAACAGCUAGUGGUAAAAACACACCUAGUGAUACACAAAAUGAUAUACAAAAUGAUGGUAUACCUAGUAGUAAAAUUACAGAUAAUGAGUGGAAUACAUUGAAACAUGAUUUUAUAUCUAAUAUGUUACAAAAUGAACCAAAUACAGAACCAAAUAUUUUACAUGAUAAUUUGGAUAAUAAUACCCAUCCUACCAUGUCACGUGAUAAUAUGGAAGAAAAACCUUUUAUUACUUCUAUUCAUGAUAGAAAUUUAUAUACUGGAGAAGAAUAUAAUUAUAAUGUUAAUAUGGUUAAUAGUAUGGAUGACACAAAAUAUGUAUCAAAUAAUGUAUAUUCUGGUAUAGAUUUGAUUAAUGACACAUUAAGUGGUAACAAACAUAUUGAUAUAUAUGAUGAAGUAUUGAAACGAAAAGAAAACGAAUUAUUUGGAACAAAUCAUGUGAAACAAACAAGUAUACAUAGUGUUGCCAAACUAACAAAUAGUGAUCCCAUCCACAAACAAUUAGAUUUGUUACAUACAUGGUUAGAUAGACAUAGACAUAUGUGCGAGAAGUGGAAUAAUAAAGAGGAAUUAUUAGAUAAAUUAAAAAAAGAGUGGAAUAAAGAAAAUAACACUAAUAGUAGUCUCACACACACUAGUAACAUACCAAGUGGUGAAAAUAGUAUUAAGAAUGUGUUGAAUACUGAUGUUUCUAUUCAAAUAGAUAUGGAUAAUCCUAAACCAAAGAAUGAAUUUACGAAUAUGGAUACAAUCCCCGACAAAUCUACUAUGGAUACUAUAUUGGAUGAUCUAGAAAAAUAUAACGAACCCUACUACUAUGAUUUUUAUAAAGAUGAUAUCUAUUAUGAUGUAAAUGAUGAUGAUAAAACAUCUAUGGAUGAUAUAUAUGUGGAUCAUAAUAAUGUAACUAGUAAUAAUAUGGAUGUACCUACUAAAAUGCACAUCGAAAUGAAUAUUGUUAAUAAUAAAAAUGAGAUUUUCGAAGAGGAAUAUCCUAUAUCAGAUAUAUGGAAUAUCUAA